GGGGGAGCCAGCCGCCAAAAAAACAAAAAUCCAUCUGCUGUGCCAUCUUGCUUGCACCUAUCUGCCUGCGUCUCUAAUUCCCAUUCAGCACCAUUCGUCUGGCUUACUUGCCUAUUCGAUCAAUCGGACGGAGCUCCUUUUUGAUUGACGGCCUGUCCACUCAACGAUUGCUGGACCCCGAAAUUUCCUUGGGCCGUGAUUGCCUAAAUUCCCUCAACAGCUGCCGAAAAGUCACCUAUAGUGGCAGCUUCCCAAUACGCAGCCGGCCCGAUCCCCGCUCGAUCACCCUUACGACAGGCACCCUCGACCGUAGAUCCCCGAACAACCAUGAGCCCUCCCACACGCCGCUCAAGUCUCGGAAUGUUGUUAAGGCGUAGCAAGUCAGGCGAGCUGAAGGGCAAGAAGGCCCAGCUCAGAGAACAGGAAUUGCAGCGACAGCGUGACGCCUCGGUUCCCAAAUCUCCUCCCCGCCUCCCAGUGCUCUACAACGGCGCCCCAGCCCCGGAGUUGCAAUCCUUUGGCGGCGAGACCCCUCGUCCAGACAGCUUCCAGAUCGUCUCUGGCCAACACUCGUUUAUUGACAACCAGUCCCUUCUCUCGCGUCCCUCGAUGGAGCCCAGCUCACGCUCAGCGAUCAACGUUCCGGUCCCGCCUAUCCCCAAUGGCGCCUGGGUCGAUCCCUAUGCUCGUACCGAGAGCAUGACGCAUCGUGGCAGGUACAGCUACGCGAGCAGCGCCAUCAGCUCUGUUAACAACCCGAGGAGGGUUCGCAGACGCAAGGACCCCACGCCUUUCAACAUUCUCAUUGUCGGUACACAAGGCUCUGGCAAAACAUCAUUCCUUGAAUUUCUCAAAACCUCGCUCGCCCUACCGCCGAAGAAGCGCACCAAGAGUACCAUUGAUGGCAGUGAAUUGACGCCCAAGGCUGCUGCCUCGGGCAACUUCGUACCUCAUUAUCUCGAAACCGAAAUCGAUGGCGAACGCGUCGGUCUGACACUAUGGGACUCGGAGGGCUUCGAGAAAAACGUUGUGGAUCUUCAACUCCGCGAAAUGUCGGCAUUUCUUGAGAGCAAAUUCGAGGACACUUUCACUGAGGAGAUGAAGGUUAUGCGUUCCCCCGGUGUCCAAGACACCCAUAUUCACGCUGUUUUUCUUGUUCUUGAUCCUGCUCGCCUCGACCGGAACAUUGCUGCCGUCAAAGCCGCGCAAGCUCCUGGCAGCAAGACCCAGGGUAUUCCAGCGCGCAUUGUCGGUAGCCUAGACGAGGACCUGGACCUCCAAGUACUACGUACGCUGCAGGGCAAAACCACUGUCAUCCCCGUGAUCUCCAAGGCCGACACAAUUACCACCAAGCACAUGGAUGUACUCAAGCGGACCGUUUGGGACAGCCUUAAAAAGUCAGGGCUGGAUCCACUCGAGGCCCUCGGGUUUGACGACGACGAUGCUGCGACUCCGGAUUCUAGCAGAAUCGAUGAGGAAGACGAGGAGCCGGCCGAGGAUGAUGAUGAAGUGGCCAGUGGACAAAAAUCAACAACAAAAGAAGAUGGGGAAAUCGACGGCGACCUGGCAAAUCAAGAUGAGGACGAUGACGAUGUUAUAGGCGCUAACCCUGCCUCGCCUUCGUCGAGGGCGUCGAAGAGGGAUUCAAUUCGCCGUAGUCGGACCGCGGAAGAACUGAAGCAGGACGAGCCGCCUUUCAUUCCCAUGUCGAUAAUCAGCCCGGACAUUUACGAGCCUAGUGUUGUUGGGCGCGCGUUCCCGUGGGGAUUUGCAGACCCCAACAACGAGGACCACUGCGACUUUGUCAAGCUCAAGGAGGCUGUAUUUAAUGAUUGGCGCGGCGAGUUGCGCGAGGCCAGCAGGGAGCAGUGGUACGAGACGUGGAGGACGAGCAGACUCAAGGAACGCAAGCUAGCCGGUAGCGGGCCAGUACAGAGCGCACGGAGGUUUGUUGGCCAGUGAUCUGUUGUCCUCCCUUUUUUUUUUCUUUGUCGCGGUGGAAAUUGGGUUCUUAUCUCCCUUCAGCCAUGGGCAUGGCUUCGCCACCUUUCUCUCGUGUCCUGAUUCCCUCUUGUUUUCACCAUCGACUUGUUAUCUCGUCGUGGUUUUGUUUUUGUUCAAAGCAGCAUACCCAAUUGUGCAACUGGUUUUCUCUGUUGUCUUUUUUGUCGCGUAUUCAUUUCUACCACCGUGUUGGCUGGAUUUGUUCACUUUCUUGUUAACAUUCCACGCCAUAAUGUGCAGGAACCGGCUUCAUAGAAACAUAGGGAUGACCACAGUGUCUUCAACCGAAUCCCGCUAUUCUACUAUUUUCUUACUACCUACUUUGUCACACCUGCUUCUGACUGGAAUGUGCGUGGGAAAUAUUGUAUUCACAAGUGGCUGGUCAGCAGUCAUCUGCGCGGACUUGGGCCGCGAUUAUUCAGCAAUUUACACUUUUUUUCUUUUCUUCGAUCAUCUGUAUCUCUCUUCUCCAAGGGAAAUUUUGCUCAGGCUUGCUUACUGUUUGCUUCAUGCACAGCGUCCAUUUCUGACUCGGUUCAGGGUUGGCAAUUUGAUGACCUGGUAUCGGUAUCUGAAGACAAGACCCAAAGAUGUAAAUUUUGGGAUGUUCCAUGUACCCGUGGGCAUAAAUAUCAAAAUGAACGAAGAUUAGGAAUGAUCUUUUUACUCCUAUUACUAUUAUGUGCGCAUUUUCUUGGCAGCGAUGUGGUGAUGUGCAGAUCAAACAGGUUUUGGAAAAGGU